AUGGAGAGUCUCCAUAUCUCCCAAAAUGCCAUCAACCUGACACUAACAAACGACUUGCCUCAGAUAGGCUGCUCUCUACUGGGUGCCUUACAAAGGGUGAAGGAUGAAGUGAUACCAUCCUACCUCAUAACACUGAGAAAUCCUGAAGGAGUCCUCUUUAAUGCGGCUCAACAUGUGCUGCACGGUAGAGGAUUCCCUCACUGGCCUGACUGUGACCCUAACUCAAAUAUCUGGGAAAGAGGGCUCUUGGCUAGUGCUACGGAUCAAUGUCAAGGAUAUCUCCAUUCAGAAGGAUUUAUCGCCAAUAUAUUACGACAAGAGAAAGACCGCCUGCUUAGAGUGGAAGCAGGGGAAGUUGACAGUAAUAUAUUGUGUGUGGUAGCGGAAGAUAUCAACGACCAAACAUUAUGGAGGAUUGUUACAUGGGUCUUCAAUGGUGUGGGAAAACACAUCUUAAUAUUUCCCGGAGCCCAUGUUCCCAGAUUUGGUGAAUGCAGAGUCAAAGUAGUUCCAAUAGAGUGUGUUGUGCCUCCAUUCUGUACGAGCAGAGCACCUUAA